AUCCUUGAUGCUACUAAAAGUUAGCUUUGGUCAAAAACUAGUCAUUGGUAGUAGGUAAUGAUGACUUGUGCUAUACAGGCUAUUCAUAUGGGGUAAUUUGACACAUAUGAAGUUCAGGUUGUUCCGCAUUAAACCCAGUAAAUGGAAAAAUGACGUGAGCUAUCAAGUUAUACAGCAGCCAUGACGGGAGGAUUCGUGUUAGCAACGGUGACAGAUGCUUAGCAACUGUACAGCCCCAGACUAGUCACGUUUGAAGAGAAGAAACUGCUUCUUCACCGCGGGCACAACAACAGGCAGCAAACAUGAGACUGAAAACGUCGCUGCUAAAGGAACCCAAACAUAAAGAGCUUGUUAGUUGUGUAGGUUGGACCACAGCAGACGAGCUGUACUCGUGCAGUGAGGAUCAUCAGAUCCUGAAGUGGAACCUUCUCACCAAUGACACCAGCCUGGUGGUCAGGGUACCAGAGGACAUUUACCCCAUUGACCUGCACUGGUUCCCCAAAACAGUUGGUGGCAAGAAACAGACACAGGCUGAGAUUUUUGUCCUCACCAGCACAGACGGGAAGUUUCACCUGGUCUCCAAGAUGGGACGCAUCGAAAAGAGUGUCGAUGCACACAAGGGUGCUGUUCUGGCUGGGAGGUGGAAUUAUGAUGGAACUGCUCUUAUCACAGCUGGAGAAGAUGGACAGAUCAAGAUCUGGUCAAAAAGUGGGAUGCUGCGCUCAACGUUAGCUAGCCAGGGGUCUCCUGUAUAUUCUGUAGUCUGGAGUCCAGAUUCGGACAGAAUACUCUACACAUCAGGACGGCAGCUUAUCAUCAAACCCCUGCAACCCAGUGCUAAAGUCAUACAGUGGAAAGCUCACGAUGGACUUGUUCUAAAGGUGGACUGGAAUUCAGUCAAUGACCUCAUCUUGUCAGGUGGAGAAGACUGUAAAUAUAAGAAACCAGCGAAAGAGAAAACAUCCUCACGGAAACUAUUUGCCGCUGAGUUUUGUGAAGUCUGGGACAGCUUUGGACGUCUUCUUCACUCGUCUGCGUCUCAUGACUACCCUGUUACCUCCUUGUCCUGGGCUCCAGAUGGGGAGGUGUUCGCCGUGGGCUCCUUCAACACCCUGCGGCUCUGUGACAAGACUGGAUGGUCCUACGCGCUGGAGAAACCGAACACAGGCAGCGUGUUCAGCUUGUCCUGGUCGGCGGACGGCUCCCAGCUGGCCGGGGCCUGCGGAAACGGACAUGUCAUCUUUGCUCAUGUGGUGGAGCAGCACUGGGAGUGGAAGAACUUUGUCAUCACUCUUACCAAGAGGAGAAGCAUGGAGGUGAGGAAUGUGCUGAAUGAUGCGGUUGACAUUUUGGAGUUUAGAGAUCGUGUCAUCAAAGCCUCUCUGGCAUUCGAUCACCUGGUGGUUGCCACUUCCCUCCAGUGUUACGUCUACAACUCAAGAAACUGGAAUACUCCUCUCAUCUUUGAUCUGAAGGAGGGAACGGUCAGCCUCAUCCUGCAAGCAGAGAAACUUUUUUUACUGGUGGACGGAUCAGGGCUGUAUACGUUCUCCUACGAGGGUCGAUUAAUAUCCUCCCCAAAGUUUCCUGGAAUGAGAGCCGAUAUCCUAAACGCUCAGGGCGUCUCGCUCAGCAACGACACGCUCGCCGUCCGAGACAAGAGCGAUGAAAAAGUCAUCCUUUUCUUUGACGUCUCGACUGGAAAAGCUCUCAGUGAUGGGAAGCCCUUCACACACAAGAUGGAGGUGGUAGAGAUAGCUUUGGAUCAGUGUGGCCCAUCCACCGAAAGAAAAAUUGCUUUGAUAGACAAGAACCGUGAUCUUUACUUGACCUCUGUGCGUCAUCUGGGGAGAGAACCCAAAGUCUGCAAAAUUGGCAGCAUGGUUCAUAGUAUGGCGUGGAAUAACUCUGCUAAUAUCUUAUGUGGGAUCCAGGACAAUCAGUUCACGGUGUGGUACCACCCAAGUGUUGUCUUCACCGACAAGGAACUGCUACCAAAAACACUACACGUUAAGGACACCAGUGACUUCAGCCAUUCUCCCCACAUACUGAGCUACAUCGGCACUAAAGUGACAUUACGCCAAGGAGACGGUUCACUGGUGUACAGCAGUGUACCUCCGUACGCCGCCAUCCUGCACGAAUACAGCACGUCAGCGCGCUGGGAGGACGCACUGCGCCUCUGUCGCUUUGCUAAAGAUCAGUCUUUGUGGGCGUGUCUGGCUGGUAUGGCGAUGGCAAACAGGGACCUGACCACUGCAGAAAUGGCCUAUGCUGCCAUUGGAGAGUUACCCCGAGUGCAGUACAUCAACUUUAUUAAGGAGCAGCCGUCUAAGGAGUCCUCUUUGGCCCACAUGCUGAUGUUCAGUGGUCAGGUCCAGGAAGCUGAGUCAACACUUUUACAAGCCGGUCUCAUCUACCAGGCCAUUCAAAUGAACGUUGACCUUUUCAACUGGGAGAGGGCUCUGGAGCUGGCAGUCAAACACAAGACCCAUGUGGACACUGUCCUGGCCUACAGGGGGAAGUUUCUGCAGAAAGCCGGCAGAAAGGAGACCAAUAAGAGAUUCCUGCAGUACGCUGAAGGGGUUGAAGUGGACUGGGACAAGAUCCAGUUGAAGAUAGAGAUGGAGCUCUCUAAAGAACGAGAAAAAGCUGCUAGCGUCUCUGUGAGAAGCAGUSUGGCGUUACGACGCUAAUUUUCAGGAUACGAUAUUUUAAUUUUUUUUGUCUCCUUACCUCAUCGCAUUCCAAGAUCUUCACCUGAAGCCGAGUAUCCAGCAGGAAGUAAAAUACAAUCUAAACUCAGAGGUGAUGAAGUGAAGAUGAGCAUGACUCUCUUGUUGUGCUGCGAUUGUAGCACAUGGUUCAUGGCAGUCUGUUACUGUGGGCGGGUGUGAAUGAGCCGGACGAGAACAAGCUUGUUUUUUGAGUUUGUUUGUUUGUUUGUUGUUGUUUUUUUUUAAACCACGCCGUUUCCUGAUCAUCCAGCCCAUGUGCAUGURGAAGACUUUUGCUUCUUCGUACUUUCUCCCCAUACACGAUUUACACAUUGCUUUCCACUUUUUGGCCAAUAUUGUGGAUUUAUGCACGAGUAAACAAGAAACAACAGUUUCCACUGUGUUUUCUUGCACCAUGUGUACUCCUGUGAGCUCUUCCAAAAGCACAAGGUCAGAGGUUUUUAGCUGUAAGAACACGUACAACACAGUCUUCUUUUGUUUUCAUGUGAAAAUAGACGACCACAAACACCUGAAAGAUGUCCAGAGAUCUUCAGUCACGCACAAAGCUAGAUUUUAUUUCACUUUUAAUCGAUGGUAUAGUGUCUAUUUUAUAAUUUUUACAUGUAAACUUUGCCUUAUGGAGGCACUAGGAAAAACUUUGUUAAUAAAAUAUUGAGGAAAAAUUG